AUGAGCCGCCAAUUCACCUACAAGUCGGGAGCAGCUGCCAAGGGGGCCUUCAGCGGAUGCUCAGUUGUCCUCUCUGGGAGCAGCUCUCCCUCCUACAGGGCAGGGAGCAAAGGGCUUAGCGGGGGCUUCGGAAGCCGGAGCCUGUACAGCCUGGGGUGUGCCCGGAGCGUCUCUUUCAACAUGGCCAGCGGCAGUGGGCGGGCAGGGGGCUAUGGGUUUAGCCGAGGCCGAGCUAGCGGCUUUGGCGGCAGCAUGUUUGGCAGUGUGGUCCUGGGGCCCAUGUGCCCAUCCCUGUGCCCACCUGGGGGCAUCCACCAAGUCACCGUCAACAAGAGCCUCUUGGCUCCCCUCAAUGUGGAGCUGGACCCCAAGAUCCAGAAAGUGUGUGCCCAGGAGCGGGAGCAGAUCAAGGCUCUGAACAACAAGUUUGCCUCCUUCAUCGACAAGGUGAGGUUCCUGGAGCAGCAGAACCAGGUGCUGGGGACCAAGUGGGAGCUGCUGCAGCAGCAGGAUCUGAACAACUGUAAGAACAACCUGGAGCCCAUCCUCGAGGGCUACAUCAGCAACCUGCGCAAGCAGCUGGAGACGCUGUCCGGGGACCGGGUGAGGCUGGACUCGGAGCUGAGGAGCAUGCGUGAUGUGGUGGAGGACUACAAGAAGAGGUAUGAGGAGGAAAUAAACAAGCGCACAACUGCUGAGAAUGAAUUUGUGGUGCUUAAGAAGGAUGUGGACGCGGCGUACAUGAGCAAGGUGGAGCUGCAGGCCAAGGUGGAUGCCCUGGAGAGAGAAAUCAAGUUCUUUACGUGCCUGUAUGAGGGAGAGAUUGCUCAGGUGCAGUCCCACACCAGUGAUACAUCUGUCAUCCUGUCCAUGGACAACAACCGCAACCUGGACCUGAACAGCAUCAUUGCUGAGGUCAGGGCCCAGUAUGAGGACAUUGCUCUCAAGAGCAAGGCGGAGGCCGAGGCGCUGUACCAGACCAAGUUCCAGGAGCUGCAGCUGGCGGCCGGUCGGCAUGGGGAUGACCUCAAACACACCAAGAAUGAGAUCUCAGAGCUGACCCGGCUCAUCCAAAGACUGCGCUCAGAGAUUGAGAGUGUGAAGAAGCAGUGCUCCAACCUGGAGACGGCCAUCACUGACGCUGAGCAGAGGGGCCACUGUGCCCUGAAGGAUGCUCAGGCCAAGCUGGAUGAGCUGGAGGCUGCCCUGCUCCAGGCCAAGGAGGAGCUGGCCAGGAUGAUGUGUGAGUACCAGGAGCUGAUGAGCACCAAGCUGGCUCUGGACAUCGAGAUCGCCACCUACCGCAAGCUGCUGGAGGGCGAGGAGUGCAGGAUGUCUGGAGAAUACACCAAUUCUGUGAGCAUAUCCGUCAUCAGCAGCUCCAUGGCUGGGACCGCAGGCAUGGGAGCCGGCUUUGGGUACAGCGGCAGCGGCACCUAUGGCUAUCGGCCCAGCUCUGUUGGCGGGGGCUAUGGCUUCCUGCUGGGGGGCUGUGUCACUGGCAGUGGGAACUGCAGCCCCCGCGGGGAGGCCAAAAGCAGGUUGGGGAGUACAAGUGAAAUCAAGGACCUGCCGGGAAAGACCCCAGCUCUGAGCUCACCCACCAAGAAGACCCCAAGAUAA